AUGUCAUUUUAUGCAAGAGAACGAAGUUCGUCAUCAAUCAGACCAAUCUCAAUUAGGCAGGGUCUACUUACUCGAGAUGGUUCUGCAAGUUUUAAAUUUGUGAAUGGUCCAGCAGAAGUAAAAAUACGUGACGAAAAAUUAGAUAAAGCAACAAUCGAUGUAGUAGUCAGACCUUUGGUUGGUACUCCAGGUACAAAGGAUAAAAAGCAUGAAUAUAUUUUACGAUCCAUUUUUGAAAGCGUCAUUCAAUCAGGUCUUCAUCCAAGAACUUUAAUUCAAAUCGUAUCACAAGUGAUGGAAGAUGACGGAAGCAUUUUAGCGACUUCAAUUAAUGCAACUACUUUGGCUUUGAUGGAUGCAGGAAUUCCAAUGAAAAAUGUAGUGACAGCAGUAUCGUGUAUUUUAGAUAAAAAUGAUGAGAUAUUAGUGGAUCCUACAUUACAAGAAAUGGAGAAUUUACAAUCUGCGCAUACUUUUGCGUUUGAUAACACGUCUUCAAACUUAAUAUUUUGUGAUUCCUCUGGUAUUUAUAGUGAAGAGCAGUAG